GUCUGCCCAGCGAGGAGCUGGGGUCUCCCGGAAGUCCUCCCGCCGAAGGGGUCCUGCCUGAGACGUUUUCCUACCCGGGAAAAAGAAAUGGAGACCUUAACUGAUGCUCCUUUCCUUGCAACUAAAGUGAAAAACACAUUGUGCCAGUACCACAGUAUUAAAGAUGAUAAAUGGAGAAUUGCUAAGAAAACGAAAGAUGUAACAGUUUGGCGGAAGCCAUCAGAGGAAUUCAGUGGAUAUCUCUACAAGGCUCAAGGUGUUAUGGAGGAUUCUACCAAUAACAUUAUAGAUUAUAUACGUCCAGGGCCUUGUCGCCUACAUUGGGACAGCUUAAUUACUUCCCUGGAUAUUAUUGAGCAGUUUGAAGAGAAUUGCUGUGUGGUGCGUUACACGACUGCUGGUCAACUGUUUAACCUCAUUGCACCAAGAGAGUUUGUGGAUUUCUCCUAUACAACACAAUAUGAAGAAGGGCUCAUGUCAUGUGGUAUAAGUGUCCACUAUGAAGAAGUGACAACACAGUUUGUCCGUGCAUAUAAUCAUCCUUGUGGUUGGUUUUGUGUCCCACUGAAAGACGGUCUUGAUCAAAGUCUUUUGACAGGCUAUAUUCAAACUGAUCUUCGAGGGAUGCUUCCUCAAUCUGCAGUAGAUACAGCCAUGGGUAGCACCUUGGUAAACUUUUUUGGUGAUCUUAGAAAAGUCUUGAAGGCCUAAUUGGAUGUGAACCAAAAUACCAUGAACUCAUCAUCAUCCAUUCCUUUUUCCUGUAUUAUGUUGUAAAAAUCUUAGGCUAGGUAAGCACUUUGUUGUUCUGGAAUAUCAUACUUUCUUUUAUUCUUAAUACCCAUAGAAGGCAUUUCAAUAUGGUUGUAGUACAUAGAAAAUUGGAUUUCAUCUUCUUAAGAGCUAAUUAGUAUAUCAUUGUGAAUAUGUAUUUGUUGGCUUCUUAGGAAUUAUCAGAAGCACAAACUUCAUGUUGUUAGGCUCUUUGUAAAAAUUUUAAAUAGUUUUUUAAAAGUAUAUACAUGUACACUCCGUGUGUACAAAAUAAUUUGUGGUAGUAUGUAUAUUCAAAAUAAUUUUCUGAUAUUAUUGUUAAAUUCAUGUUUUAAAAAUUCAUUUGCUUUGAAAUUGAUUUAGACUUAGAAGAAUUAGAUGAAACAAUAAUUUUUAAAAUUAAUUUUCAGAAGGUCUCCAUUGUUAGUUAAUGUGCCAGUUAAGUACUGAAAUAAAAAAAUAUAAAGGUUUUCCACAAACUACAGUUGAUAUAAAUAAUUUCAUUUAUUAAAUAGAAUUAAAAUAUAUUUUCAUGUAAAUAGGCAGUUUCAUCAUUUUGUAAAGUAUCUAAGAUAUAUUGACUUGAAACCUCUUUAGAAAUACUUGAAGAUGUUUGUAGAUAGAAUUGGGCUAUGACAAAAACUGUAACAAAGAAAAUUUUCAAAUGUGUGAGUAGCAGUAGAUUUUACAGUAAUAGCCCAUGCCAGUGCAGAGCGUUGGUAAUGUGUGAAAAAAUUGUUACUUGAGAAUUGCCUACAAAGAAAGAUCAAAGACAUGCACUCUUUUAUUUUUGAAGAUAAAUACAUAGCUUCUUAUGGAGCAUUCUAAUUGUGAAUAGUAACAAUGCCAAGAUAGCAUAAUUUAAGCCAUAGCUAGAACAAAUGUACAGCUAGUGAUUAUCUGCACAGCUUUGAAAAGUCAUGAUGACUUGAAUGACCCAAGUAGGGAAGUGUCCCAGUAGUACAGAUGUGUUUAAUUCAAGCUUAUUCUAAUGAUGCUAUUGUACUUAUGUCUGGGCUUAGGAAAAAAACUAUCAGAAGCUGGUUUAGAUGGGAAACAUAGAAAAUAUAGAUGAUUCCUAAGGCAACUACAUGAUGUUUGUGAAUAUGCAUAUAUGUAAUAUAACAGAUUUUAAAAUGUACCCUAUCUCCUCCUACUUAUGGUGGUGAACUGAAAGAAUAUAAAUGUUCUUGAAAAUAUUUUGGGUUAUAUGUAGCCCAAUGAUUAAAGCCAUGAAAGUAUCAAAUAAUUGACCCGGACUUCUAAUCUGCAUUUUAUUUUCCUGCUUAUCAGAAAAGAAAAAGUGAUAGCUGCUAUUUGAUUAAGAAUAUCUACAUUAUAGUUGUUGGUAAAUUGUGGUCUAAAAGCAAAGAAAAAAUUUAUAUUAGCAUUGUACAAUCAGAUUCUUCUGCUUAUUUUCCUCUUUCUUCUCUGUUCACACUUUGAUUCAAGAAUUGAUGACUUCUAGCCCUUUAAGGAUAGGAAAUUUUCAUUAAUUAAAUAUAACAUGAAAAUCAACUAUUGCCUGAAUUAGAUUGAUCUACAAAUUUCCAGAUAUACCAGUGUCUAUACUGCUUUCAUUAAUUCAUAUUUCUGAAAUCCAGAAUGAUAAGCAAUUAUUUUUCCAGAUAUCUAACUACUGCUUUAUGCUAGGUUAUAUAAAAAUCUUCAUAGAGAUUAGUAAAUCAUUGGUGGAUUUGAACUACUUAAAGGUUAAAUUUGGCUUUAGAAUUGCAUAUUAGUUCAUCUAGGCAGCCUGCUUAAAUAUAACUGUCAAGAUAAACCAAAGAUGACAUAAACACUACUAUGGACCAUAGAUUAUAAUACUGAAGAAAACAAGCUUACGUUGCUUAGAAAAAGUGAGUAUUUUACUUAAAUUUAGGAAUUUUGUGGUGAUAAUGUAUUGAAUUGUCAGACCUUGGUGACGUAGUUGCUAUUUCAAAAGUUUAUUUAAAAUAUGUAAAAUUGUGACCGAUUUAAAUAUGAUUGUUCCUAAUUUAGUAUUUAAUUGAUUGAUUAGUGAAUAUACCAAUUCUUAAUGCUAGAAAAUGAAGUAGCAAAUAUUUUGAAAUCAAUUUUUUUCUAUAGAAGUAUUCUAAUCUUAUGCUGUGCUAUUAGUUAAAUGGGACUUUGGAACUCUAGGAAGUAGGUUAUUAACUACUAUCAAUAAAAAGGGAAUUUUUAUGAGAAAUUAUCUUCCUUUGGAGAAUGAUUAGACUUUGAUACUGGUGAUUAAAUUAAAAUUCACACACAUAAAACAUCCAUUUUAAUAUAUGCAUAUAAAUACAUAUAUGCAUAUAGUAUACAAGUGUGUAUAUAUGCACACAGAUACAUUCAUACAAAUAUAUAUACACCUCUGUUGAGAUACGUAGUUUCCUGCUAUUUGUAAGCAGUUUAAUCUUAGAAACACAUCUUAAGGAAAUUAUAGAUAAUAUUUGGCACCCUGUGACUGACUUUUAAAAAAUCUUUUGUACAAGGCAUGGUUAUUUAAUAUAGAUUACAUUUUGAUAUUUUCAGUGGUUUAACCCUUGAAAAUUGAUGCAGUACUGGGGUUAAUAACAUUUUCAAUAUCAUAUCUUUUCCAAUUAUAUAAUUUUUUUUUUUUUAUCAUA